UCCUGCAUCAGCCUCCUGAGUCACUGGUUUUACUGAAGUAAGGAAAGCUACGGGCAACUCUGAGACCUUGCAAAACAACUUGCAAGAAAAAUGAAGCUCCCGAUUUUCGUAGUAGAUGCAUUCACAGUAAGAGCAUUUCGUGGGAAUCCUGCUGCUGUUUGCCUCCUAGAAAAUAAAUUGGAUGAAGACUUGCAUCAAAAAAUUGCCCAGGAGAUGAACCUCUCUGAAACUGCUUUUAUCCAAAAACUGAACCCGACAGACAACUUCACACAAAGUUCCUGCUUUGGACUAAGGUGGUUCACACCAGCGAGUGAGGUCCCGCUCUGUGGUCACGCCACCCUGGCAUCUUCGGCUGUGCUGUUUUACAAAAUAAAAAACACAAAUAAUAUUCUAACCUUUGUCACUCUGAGUGGGGAACUAAAGGCCAGAAGAGCAGAGGAUGGUAUCAUCCUGGAUUUUCCUCUUUAUCCGACCUACCCACAGGAGUUCCACGAAGUAGAGGACCUGAUAAAGAUGGCCAUAGGCAACACACUGGUCCAGGAUAUCCGAUAUUCUCCAGAUACCCGAAAACUCCUUGUCCGGCUCAGUGAUUCUUAUGACAGGUCAUUUCUGAAGACUCUGAAAGUGAAUACGGAGAACCUGCUGCAAGUUGAAAACACAGGGAAGGUGCGAGGACUCAUUCUUACCCUAAAAGGAGAGGCUGGAGGGCAGACCCAAGCAUUUGAUUUUUACUCCAGAUAUUUUGCACCAUGGGUUGGUGUGGCUGAAGAUCCUGUAACAGGGUCUGCACACACUGUUCUUGGCAGCUACUGGUCCCAGGUGCUAGGGAAGCAAGAAAUGCGUGCAUUUCAGUGUUCCCCUCGAGGAGGAGAACUGUACAUUUCAUUACGACCUGAAGGAAGAAUUGACAUUAAGGGUGGUGCCGCCCUUGUCCUGGAGGGCAUGCUGACAGCCUAGAGACAGUUGUGCUGUGAUGCUGCUAUCUAUAACAACAAACCAUUGUUUCCAUGGAAGGAAAUAGAACGGCUGCCUUUAGCAAAUUAGCAUGGUAGUCCACUUAAUUAAUCCUCAUGUUAGGAAGAGGAAGACAUGUUGAUGGAGAUUUAGUAAUGCUUCCAGACUAAUUAACUUAUGGAGUUUGGACCGAGUGUAUUUGAAAUGUAAAUAAUGAGUAGCAAAAAAUAAUGUCACUUAUUUUGAUUAUGACUACACAUCAAAGAAUGAGAAAUACAUUUAGUAGAAGUGAAAUUAAACCAUUUAAAUUUAGGUGUGAGUACCUUUUGCAACCAUUUUAAAGGCUCAAUAACUAUGUGGAGUUAGAAAACUAUUUCAUGGUAGAACACUAAGAAAAAGUACAGUAGGCUAUAAAAUGUUUGCAAUAUUAUGCUGUGAAUAUGGAGAAUAUGAAUUUAUGUGGACAAGCACUGGUUGUGAAGAUAGCAAAGUGAAAAAUAGCUCAUGUGUCGGGAUAAGAAUGGAAGUAACUCUAAUGUAUAUAAAAAUUGUUUCCUUCAUUGCUGCCCUCAAGUACAAUAACUAAAAAUUAGGACAUAACCAAAAAUUAAAACAAAAAAAUGUAUAUUCAGCUACUUCCUGUCAUUGUAAAAUUACACACUAAAAGUAAUGUAAUCUUUUAAUUUUUCUUUUUUUAUCUGGUACUAGGGAUUGAACUCGUUUGGGUCCUACCACUAACC